AUGUCUGAUAAGGAAGAGGCUGGAUUGAAGACCAACUCCGAGACCGAAUUGGAAGCCAACUCAGAGGUGGGCUUGGCUAGCGUAGGCAGUUUUGAUAAUGCCUUUACAUUUGUCAACCAACACCAACCAAGUGAUGAAAUAGAUAAGGCAAGGUUAGUGAGAAAAUUGGACUUUAUUAUUCUUCCGUUAUUAUGCUCCAUCUACUUGCUUCAAUAUUUGGAUAAACUUCUUCUCAAUUAUGCGGCUGCGAUGGGGAUUAAACGGAACCUUGUAGGAAACGAGUAUGCCAACUUGUCUACAAUCUUCUAUGCUGCAUAUAUUUUCGGAGAGCCAAUUGUUUCAUAUUGUUUGCAAAAGUUUCCUUUGGGCAAGACAUUGGGUAUAUUUAUAAUCAUAUGGGGGGUAGUAGUAACCUGCCACUCUGCUGCUUCAACUUACGCUUCAUUAAUGGUAGUUCGAACUUUGUUGGGAAUUUUCGAGUCCUCCAGCGCAGUGGGAUUGAUUAUUAUUAGUGGUAUGUUUUAUACAAAGAGACAGCAAGUAGCCAGGAUGGGAAUUUGGUCUACAAUGGCUGGCGUGGGUACAAUAAUAGGAGGAUUGUUAUCCUUUGCUUUUCAACACGUAAAAACUACCAAAUUCCAAUCAUGGCAAAUCCUAUUCUUGGUAAUGGGGGUGAUUACAAUAUUAAUGGGUAUUAUUGUGACUAUCUUCCUUCCGGAUAAUGUACACACUUGCAAGUUUCUUACCGACCAGGAAAAAGUCUAUAUCCUCAACAACGUGGUUAAGGUUAAUCAAACUGGUACAAAGAAUUCCAAGUUCAAAAAGGAGCAAAUCUAUGAGCUAUUAUUCAAAGACAAAUUCACUUGGCUAUACUUUCUUUUAACCUUGUGCUCUCAAAUUGUUACAGGUGCCAUUGGAACAUUUAGUGUAACAAUCACCCUCACAUUUGGUUUCGACAGUUAUGAGUCGGCUUUGCUACAACUACCCGUGGGAGCAAUAACCAUCAUUAUCAUUGCAACUGCAACACAGCUUGCCUCUAAAGUGGGACACCACACCCUCGUAACUGCUUCAAUGUUUGUUCCGACUAUUGUUGGUGCAAUCGUAUUGCUAAUAUCCCCCAAUAGAGUUGGUAAUUUAUUAUCAUUAUAUUUGCUUUACAGCGGAUCGUGUAGCAUAACAUUGAUUUAUGCAUGGAUAGGUGCAAACACCGCCGGAUCGUCCAAAAAAUUUGUAAGAAGUGCAAUGAUUAUGAUUGCAUUUUCGGUAGCUUGUAUCAUUGGGCCACAAUUGUUCCAAGCUUAUAGUGCCCCUCAUUAUCGGCCUGCUAAAAUAGUCAUCCUCAUAACCCAGUGCUUGUCAAUUCCUAUAACAUUGCUUAUCGGCUGGAUGUGUAAAGAGGAGAAUGAAAAGAGAAAAGAACUGGUAACAGGCAGAGAGUUUUUGGACUUGACGGAUAUAGAAAAUGAAAAUUUUAGAUAUAUAUAUUGA